CCCGAGGGCGGCGUGAAGUUCAUCCGCACAUUCCGGAGGCCGGGAGAGGACCAGGCCGUCAACCUGCCGGAAAACCUGGACGAGCUGGUGCAGAAUUCCAGCUAUUCCCAAUCCCCGGAUCCCCUGGUCUGGCGCUACUUCUACGACCUCCAAGGCUCCCAGGAAUUCCCGUUCCCGGGCGGAACGUUCCGGUGGGCCCGGUACCGCCGCGACGGCGCCGGAUUGACGGAUAACCAGAAGAUCUUCAGCGAGUCCCUGCACCAGCACGCCGACACCCUGACCCUGGCGAUCCUGCGGAUUUUUGGGAAUGGCCUCGGGCAGCCCCACUUCCACUUCAAUGCCCACGAGAUGGGCUACGUGCUCAGCGGAUGCGGGGAGGCCGGCGUGAUCCCGGCGGGAAGCGCCUCCGUCUUUCCCAUCGGCAUCGGCGACCUCCUCUUCUUCCCGACGGGAACCCAACAUUUCCUCCGCAGCACCUGCCAGGAGGAGCUCGUCCUGCUCCUGGCCUACAGCACCGGGGACCAGCUGGAAACGCUCCGGAUGUCCCAAUAUUUCCACGGAACGGCCGAUCACAUCCUGGCCCAGCUCUUCUUCAAAAAGCAGGAAGAAUUCCAGGAAAUUCCCAAACCCGCCCCGUGAGGAAAUUC